CCGGUCCCCCGGGUCCUCCGCGCCCAGCGAGCGCCCCCGGCGUGCGAGCACCGGCUGUGAGCGAAGGGACAAUACCAUCCUCUGUGGGAAGGAGAACCAGCUUCCUUGUGACUACACAGCAGACCAGAAGGCCACCGUCUACAAUUCAUAUCAGCACACACAGUCUAUCCUAAGAGUCCAUGUUGAUCUUGGAAGUAGAGAGGUUUAAAAGAAGUUCCCACAGAAACCAAGAGCCUUACCAUCUCCUUUAGCUCCGAAGGCUGGCGGACAAUGGAUAUCAUAGAGACAGCAAAACUUGAAGGUCAUUUGGAAAGUCAAACCAACAACUCUACCAACACUUACACAAGCCCCACUGAAGCUGUAGAAGAGGAGGACAAAAAUGGCAAGGGUAAACCCAAGACUUUAUCCAACGGGCUACGAAAGGGUGCCAAGAAAUACCCGGACUACAUCCAGAUUUCCAUGCCCAAUGACUCCAGGAACAAGCUUCCCCUGGAGUGGUGGAAAACAGGCAUUGCCUUUGUGUACGCUCUCUUCAACCUUAUCCUGACAACAGUCAUGAUCACCGUUGUGCACGAGAGGGUCCCUCCCAAGGAGCUCAGCCCUCCACUCCCAGACAAGUUUUUUGAUUACGUCGACCGGGUCAAAUGGGCAUUUUCUGUAUCAGAAAUAAAUGGGAUGGUAUUAGUUGGGCUAUGGCUCACCCAGUGGCUCUUUCUGAGAUACAAGUCAAUAGUGGGACGCAGAUUCUUCUUUAUCAUGGGAACUUUAUACCUGUAUCGCUGUAUAACUAUGUACGUCACUACGUUACCUGUGCCCGGAAUGCACUUCCAGUGUGCUCCAAAGCUCAAUGGAGACUCUCAGGCAAAAAUACAACGGAUUCUCCGGUUGCUUUCUGGCGGUGGAUUGUCCAUCACGGGAUCACACAUCCUGUGUGGAGACUUUCUCUUCAGCGGCCAUACAGUUGUGCUGACACUUACUUACUUGUUCAUCAAAGAAUAUUCACCUCGUCACUUCUGGUGGUACCACUUGGUCUGCUGGCUGCUGAGCGCCGCUGGGAUCAUCUGCAUCCUCGUGGCGCACGAACACUACACGGUCGAUGUCAUCAUUGCGUAUUACAUCACAACACGGCUGUUUUGGUGGUACCACUCCAUGGCCAACGAAAAGAACUUGAAGGUCUCUUCCCAGACUAAUUUCUUGUCUCGGGCUUGGUGGUUCCCCAUCUUCUAUUUUUUUGAAAAGAAUGUGCAAGGCUCCAUUCCUUGCUGUUUCUCCUGGCCGCUGUCCUGGCCCCCUGGCUGCUUCAAGUCAUCGUGCAAAAAGUAUUCUCGCGUCCAGAAGAUCGGGGAGGAUAACGAGAAGUCUACCUGAGCGGCCGACACGACAGCCGCUUUUCCACCCAGAGAGUCCGUGCUGUAACCAAAGGCACAGCUUCUAUUUAUUUUCAGAGAACUGACUGGUGAAACGAAGUGGACCAAAUUUUACGCAAAAGAUUGGAGCAGUGAAGUAUUACCUUUCGGCUUUUUUUCUUCAUUCAUCCCAAGAAACAUAUAUUUUCCUGUAGCUCUCCAUUCAGGAGGACAAGGCCCCCAAGCUGGAGUUCUGCAGAGGCAAAAGAGAACAUGCUAAGCCUCUCCUCAUCUUCCUUCACUUCCAUGCUCUUUCCAGAUCACUUUUUUUCCUCCCUUCAAGGUCAGAAGAGUUUGCUAAUGUUUUGAAUAAAAAUGUCCGGAUAUAUACA